UUGAAAAAAUAACUACGCAUAGCACCACGAAAAGGAAAGGUUAUAUGAAGGUCUACAUUUUAUGAUAUUAAAACGAGCAGUCUGACAGAUCGCCCAGUUUCUCGCCAACCCGCUGCUAGUCAAUACGUUUUGUGGAAAAGUUGAUCAGAGAAGUGUUACAAAAAUGAUUGACCUGAAAAAAGAUGUUUCCGACAAAAAAUACGACCAGGUUUUGGACGCUUUGAAUGCAUUGAACAUAAGCACUGCGACUGACGAAGAUUUUCGCCAAGAAGCAUCCCAUCUGUUCGAAAUAUUUUACGCCUGCUAUAAUUCCUCCGAUGAAUCCGCCAAUCGGGUUGCCAUCAAAUGUUUGAACAUUCUGAAACGGUCCUGCGCCCGGGGAGAAUCUUUUCAGAACAUUAUCAUUGCCAAGGAGGGCCUGUUGGAUCGUGUGCGGGAUAUUUUGGUGAACGAGGAGGGGCCACUACUCGACAACAUUCGCACAAAUUGCCUUCAGCUGCUCGCGAAUCUUAGUGUACAGAAUAAGCCCAAUCAGGAACGAAUCAUCAAUCAUCUCAAAUCUUUUCUGCUGGAAAACAUUGCAUCGAAUGGAGAGUACACCAACGCUUCGGCCAUGAUUUUGUACAACGCGUUCAUCUACAAAUCAACGACACUAAGUUUGGAAGGGAUUUUUGAGACAAUCCUAGACAACGUUGAGGUGAACCAUGCGGCGCAGAAGGAGCUUCCCGAAUUCGUUUGCAUAUUCUUGGAGUAUCUGAUCAGCGAGAGUAACGAGGUUGUGGAGGUAAUGGAAAAGCUAGAGUUUAACAAGAAGCUGCUGUUGUACCGCUACCUUAUCGAGUACGUUCGCCAAGAGGACCGACGAAUUCAUCCACUUCAUCCGGACGUUUUCAAGCAUCUGCUUGCGGAGUUCAAGAAGAAAUCUGACAUGGUACUAAAGACAGAAAAUGUCCAACUUAAUGCUCAAGACACGGAAGAGGUGUUCACAUUGCUGAUUUUUAUCUCCGACACGACAUGCGUCGAACCGUACGCAUCAUUCCUGCGUCAUGAUGGAGGGCUGUUUUUGAAUCUUGGAUGCCUUCUGCGACAGAUGCAAAUGCUGGGGAAAGCUGAAACCAAAAACAUGUUCACCCCGGUGCAGAAGAUUGAAGAGAUUUUGCGAAUUAAGAAAGGUGAUAGCGAUCUGGACAUCGAGGGACAGAUUUCCUAUUCCUUGCGAUCGGCUGUAGUGAAAGCGCUGGCAAAUCUGGCGUACAAAUCGAAAAAGAAUCAGAAGAUGGCCCGCGAAAUGGAUAUCAUUGCCGCCAUUCUCGAAUGCACCAAUUUGGACGCCCGGAAUCCACUUAUCAAAGAAUGGAGUAUACUCGCCAUACACAACCUUUGCGACGAUAAUUUGGAGAACCAGCAGUUUAUCGCGGGCCUGAAGAAACAGGGGGACGCGGAAAAUUCCUUGAUUACGGAGUACAAAGCCGGAACCAUUCGAAUCAGCGAUGGAAAGUCAAGCAGAGGACCAAAUUAAUUGUUUAAUUUAUUUUUAUUUUUAUCUGCGCGUACAUGACUAGGAUCCUUGGAACAGCUUUGUAGGGAACUGGUCGAGAAAUAGUUGCGCAUUUGGUUUGCUGAUAGGCUUUGGUUUGUUCCUGAGGAACAGAAAAAUAUUUAUGCAAACAUGAGUCAAUCAAAUAAACGUAAUCAAUGACGAGGUUGUCAGAUACUUACAAUACUUCUGGAAUGGUUGAAAGCGUAACAUUAACUACAUCUGUGGAUAUUUCUGUUGGUCGAAUAGAACC